UUUCUCUUUCUGGACGUCACUUCCGGAUCAGACCAAAACAAGGUUCCAGGAAGGAGGAAGCGGGAGGAGACGGCGGCAUUGGGCAGGCUGGCGUCGAAAGGAAAGGACCUGGAUGAAUGAGUGUAGGCCACGGCGGCUGGAGCUGUGACAUGGUACAGCCAGGCGGGUGCCCCCACAGUGAUUGCAUCAUGAUGGGGGACGACUCUUCUCUUGGCAGAGAUGGCCCCCUUCACCUGCCAGCUGAGCUGGCUGGACAUGAAGCGGUGCAGCAUAUGCUGGCUGAGAACAGAGACCUCAAAGAAGCCAUCCGACGAAGUAACCAUAUGCUGCGGGAGCGUUACCGAGAGUUUCUGCAGUUCCAGGCUUCCCACAAGCAGGAGAAGGAAUUCCUCUUUUGCAAGUUCCAAGAGGCUCGGCUGCUGGUGGAAAAUUUACAGUUAGAACGAACAGGUCUGAAAAAGCAGCUGGAGAAGACUGUCCAAGAGCUGGAGCAACUGAAGAGGCAACUGGCAGCUUCUCAUCCAUCUCCCUCAGAGAAAGAGGCCUCUGUAGCACAAGAGGACCAAGACACUGUAACCCUUACUCAAGAAGAGAACAUAUUUGCACUGGUCCCUGAAUCGACACAGCAAAACAGGGGGCAGCUGGAGGAAGAGCUAAAGGUGCUCCGGGACGCCAACCAAGCUUUGCAGAAAGAGAAGCUGACCUUGCAAGCUGAGAUCUCUGCAUUGCAACAAGCCGCAAAAACCACAUUGCCUGUAGAAGUACGUGGCAUAAAGCUUAAAGAGAAUGGGCUUCAAGCAGAACGGCCCCUGGAGCUGGAAUCCCUGCAGGGAUCAGGGGACAGAAAAAGUUCUGGUGGGGACCAAGCUGAGCAGCUGUCCAAGAAGUUGAAGGAAGCAGAAGAUGAGAAUGUAUCGCUUCAUCAACAGUUGAAAUUAGCCCAAGCGGAGUUGGCCCGUAUGGCAUCCCAAGAGCAAGAGACCCAGCAGCAGCUGCAAACAUUAAACAAACAGUUGGAGCAAUUUGGGGAGGACAGAGCCUCAGUCAAGGCUCAGGUGACCUCCCUGCUGGGGGAGCUGCUAGAAAGCCAAACCCGCUUGGAAACAUCCACGAAGGAAAAAAAAGAGCUAGAGGAGAGGAUCCGGGGAACAGCUGAACAACUCCAUCAGUUCGAAAGGGAGGCGGAUGCUCGCGCCAAACAGCACAGUGUGCAGGUGGAUCAGUUGCGGCUGCAGGUGCAAAACCUAGAAAGUGCCCUGCGAGUGGAACGGCAGAGUGCCUCAGAGGAAAAGAGAAAACUAGCCCAGCUGCAAGUGGCCUAUCACGAGCUCUUCCGGGAAUAUGAUGCUCAUAUCAAAACCAGCCUGGACAGUGAGAAACGGAGCAAGGGCUUGGAUCUGCAGAUCGCUGAACUGUCUCAGCAACUUCAAGAGGCUGAAGAGGCACUGGUGGCCAAGCAGGAACUGAUUGACAAGCUGAAAGAAGAGGCUGAACAACACAAAGCCAUCAUGGAAACGGUGCCUGUCCUCAAAGCACAAGCCGAUAUUUAUAAGACAGAUUUCCUGGCCGAGCGUCAGGCUCGUGAAAAGCUACAUGAGCAGCGAGAGGCCCUGGUGGAGCAACUUGCCCAAUUGCAAAGAGAUUAUGAGAAACUGAAAGCAGACUCCGAGGGGGCCAGCCGGGCUCUUAUGGAAGAGAUGAGGAAUCGCCAUUCCGACAUGCGUCCACCUCCUCAGUUGCCAGAUUACCAGAUGGGAUGGAACGGACCAGGGCUGGUGAUGGCAGGUCCAAGACAAAGCUUUGCUGAUGAGCAGCCUAACUACUGUUGUCCUAAAUGCCAGUACAGAGCUCCAGACAUGGACACGCUACAAAUCCAUGUCAUGGACUGCAUCCAGUGAUGAAGGAGGACAAGAGUACCAGUCUAUGAUGUGCUUUUGCUGCAUUGCCUUAAGCAGGACCAGUGGUUCAGCUACUGACAGUUGAUUCGAGGAAAGAUCCUGGACUGUUUGCUCCUGCUCAUGUAUGCUAUUAAUUUUUUCAUCCUAUGAGAAUGGUUGAGCCUGCUGCUGUCCUUCUUCAGGGCCUGGCUACCAUAGCCAUGGGAAAAGGGGAUUUGCACUAUUAUUGGUUUAUGUGAAACAAUCUUAAGUGUCUGAUCUGUGGUAUGUCAGGGAGAAGUGGGAUUGGGCCACCCCUUUUGGAUAACAAACGGUGAAUAUUUAUCUUCCAGUAGCUCUCUUUGUAAUGGCAGCAAGAGGAAUCUUCUACAUAAAGACUACUAGUUCCUUUUUUCCUCAUAUGUGCCUUCCUGGUCACAUGAUGAAAACCCCAGGCUGCCCUAACAGUGCCUUAAACAUUUCUUCAGCUAAGCUGUGAUAAGGUAAACCAAAUAAAUAGAAAAAAGGAGGGAGGGAGGGAGGGAGGGAAAGACAUGGGUUUUUUUCCUUCAGCUUUUUAAAGAACUGUUUCCUGUUGGAACUGCUUGUUGUUAUCAAUCCUUCCUUGAUAUCAAGAGCCACUGUAUGAGUCUAUUUUAUCUGAAGUGAAUUAAAGAUCAGAAGCGACUUUCCUUAUGCCAGGAACCUCCCAUGUAUCUAUACACAUAAUAAAAAUGAAAAUCUGUAUGUGG